AGUACUAAGCUUAGGCACAGAUCUCCGCUGGAGAUGACAGAGAAAGCAAAGCAGUACGAGAAAAGGCUGAAUACACAUGGGUGUCUAGAGCAUUAAGUCCUUUUAAUUAUUAUCGUGAAACGACAUAAAAAAGGAAAAACAAACAAAAAAGUGAGUUUGCUCAGCUGGAAAAAUUAUGGGCUGUCAGGUUCAAUGUGCUGUUCUAUUGUCCUCACUACUGUGCCUCUCUGGGGUCUGGACUCAGAACUUGAGACAGCGGGACACACUCUGCAGUGAGGAUGGGUGCUAUGUGCUCUACUUCCAGCGCAAGAUCUUCUUGGAUGCCUGGCGGAGCUGCAAAGAACUGGGAGGUGACCUGGCUACAAUCAGGCAGACAAAAGAAGAAGAAAUGGUGGAAAGGCUUUUCUCCAAUGUGGAACUGAGACCAAACCAUAAAGGCAAGGUGCAAAUUUGGAUUGGCCUUCAGAGGCAGCCUCGACAAUGUGCCCCCACCCGGCCACUCCGUGGCUUCUCGUGGGUUACCGGAGAUCAGGACACUCAGUACACAAACUGGCUGCAUGACGACUCUGCAAAUAGCUGCUCAUCACCUCGCUGUGUGGUGAUCAGUUACAGCACUGCUCCCCACGAUCAAGGGAAUAAUCUAAAAUGGAAGGAUAGAACUUGCUCAAUUUCAGUGGAUGGCUAUCUGUGCAAAUACACCUUUCGAGGCAUGUGCACAAUUAUUGCCAGUGAAGGAGGUGGUAAUACACUUUAUAAUACCCCUUUUAAUUUGCUGAGUACUGUCUUAACACAUGUCCCAUUUGGAUCAGUUGCAACUGUACCAUGUCCCGAUAAAGAAGACCAGUCAGUGGUGUGCAUGCAAAAGAAAGAUGGAACUAUUGAUUGGAACAGGGAUCCUCCUGUGUGCUCUGUUGCACCCAAGACAAGCUGGUGUGAUGAGGACAACGGUGGUUGCCAUCACCUCUGCAUUGAGAAUAAGGCACAUUACUACUGUGACUGCAAUGAUGGCUUCAUUCUGGCUGAGGAUGGGAUUCUAUACACCCAUGGAACCCUGCAAAUGAGCCUGAUUGGAGAGAAUAUCUGUACUGGCAGACAGAGACAACUAAUAUAAAGAUUCCAACAGAUCUUCUUUUGCUCACAUGGACAACUGAGAAGGAAGCUGAAAUGACCACACCUAUUGAACCCCCCCCUGAGUUCAAUAAUGCUGGUAGCAGUGACACAAAUACAGAAGACACCAAUGUAUUUUUUUUACCCACCAUUUC